AUGGGUAUAUUACUAAGCGAGGACGAACUGCCAUCUGAUGAGUUAUUGUACUUUUAUAAGCAAUACGAACUGGUGGUGUUGAUAGUGUCAGUAGUGUUGGUGGUUACUACGGUAGCCGUGAUGAUAAACUGUAAGAUACGAUUUAUAGGUAAUAUAUAGUAAAUUAUAGCUUCUACCAGGAGUUUGAACAAGUACAAAUGGUUCUUAUUGCACGAGUUGGUGUGGUAAGAAUUUUCUGUGACUAUAUACUUGUACAUAUGUAUAUAGUUCUGCAUAGCUUAGUUGUAUAUGAUCGUAUAUUAAUUAAUGUAAUAUACUGCUUUGAUACUACAACAUUUUUUAACUUCAACGUGCUGUAGGUACUGUACUAACUUCUCAAUGCAUUUCCAGGUCAGCUUUAUUUGACAUAGCCUGUGGCUGCAUUGGCGCAGUAACUUUGUUUCCAAUACCGUGCUACUAUGGCACCAGUUAUGCCAGUUCUCUCUCACUACAACAUCUUAUCGUCUACUUUUUUGUAGCAGCUGUGGCAACAUUAGGAAAGGUCGUAGGUACGUUAUUUCAAUUCGAAUAUCGAUAUAUGCAAACGAUUACUGCGGACAGUUGGAUACGAGUCAGAUACUACGAUAAGAUUGGGGGAAAGUACGAACUUAUGAUUAGAGGAAUCAUGAUGAUCGUGGCAUCGAUUGUUGUCUAUGCAAGUGGUUUUUAAUCUGACUUUGUAUUUUUAUUUUAUAUUUAAAAUUUAAAAUUUAUAACAUUGGCUAGUUCCUGACUAUAACUAAACUUUCAGUCAAUGUCAAUAUAUUUUUUCUUAUUUCAGUUGCCAUUUGUAGCCAAUUUUCCAAACCAAGCCGACCAACGACAGUAUCUGUCAAACCUCGACCCAGUACUGUCUCGAGUAUUUGAUACUCAUCCAGUACUAUGCUUCUCAAAUGAAAUUAAUGUAACACGCCUUCUGAUCGUAUGUGUCACUCUGAUUGGUGUCCAGCCCUUCCUCUUCUUCUUUGCCUUAUAUUUCAUGUUCAAAUCGAUUAAAAGUGCAAAUUUGUCGCCGAAGUCGCAGAAACUUCAGUAUAUGUUGUUCUGGUCGCUGGUGGCCCAGAUUUCAGCAUUAGUUGUGUUUAUGAUAGUACCAGCUUUGUUCUUCUUUCUAGGACCAAUCCUCGGUCUUCGUAAUAACCCUAUCAUAUCAUUGUUUUGCUUCUGUGUCUUCAUUCUACACACUCCAGCUGAUUGUAUCAUGAUCAUGUACUAUAUCAAACCUUAUAGAUCGUAUGUUUUGAACCGAGUGCCACUUCUUUCUAGUCUGAGUAAGAAGUGGAAGGCUUCUGAACAGAGGGUUAACGUUUUCAGUUCCAAUUUCUCUGCCCAACGGUCUUGAACUAGGUGUUGAAUUAAUUAUUCAGCAUAUAGGUUGGCGGGUUUAUAAUAUAACAAAGUUAUUAUAUUGUGGCAUUACUUAAGGAAUCCUUGUUAAAGUAAACGGUGUAACAUAAAGAAUAAACUAAUAUUUUGUUUUAAAGUUAAGGUUUUUCCACAUAAAAUGAUUUUUGAAAAAAGGCGGACCAAAAAUCGCUCAUCUGCCACUGUUUAAAGUAAAAUACAGUGGAACUCCUGUAUAACGAAUCGCCCGGGGACUUGAAAUUUGUUCGUUAUACAGGGGUUUUGUUAUAUAGAGGUUCUUUAUACGGUUCCACUGUAUUAGAUUGCUCAAAUAAUUCAGUACCUUCUAACCCCGCAAAAUUUAAUUGAAAGAGGGCACAUAAUUUUUUGAAUAACAUAAUAAAUCUAAUUUUUUAUUCAAAAAGCUAAAUUUUAAUUUAAAAUAUUGUUUUUGGAAAGGCAAAUUUCUAUUUAUUAUAUUAUAGUACCCCCCCCCCUCAAAAUUUUUAUAAAUAUUAUUUUGGUCGUUCAUCCUUCCUUUUAACAAAUAUUUUUCUUUACUUUUCCUAAAACCCACGCCAUCCUAAAUUAAAGGACUAAAAAUAAUCUAGAAGCUUCAAAACGUAUGUUUUUAUACGUAUGUUAAUCAUGCUUCUUUGUACAAAAACUAAACCUAUAAUGAUGUUACCAGGAAAUUAAUUAAAAAAAAGUUUUAAACUCUGCAUAACUUAAUUUUAUAUAUAAAACUAGCUUUUCACCUGGACAAACAUAAAAUAUGCUCAAAGUCAGUAUGAAGCCCGUCUGGCAAUGGGAGUCCUACUCAAUACUACCGACCUGCCAUCUUCUGAAACAGUUCUUUUGUACAAACUCUACAAUUAUGUGCUCUACUGGUUCACUAUUUUAAUUGUCGCUUUAACUGUCGCUGUUAUUUUAAAAAGUAAGUUUGUUUUUAUAAUAUUUGGCGAAGCUUCUAAAAAUUUAUUUAAAAAAAAUUUUUUUUAUUUAAAAUUGUAAAUAAUUGAGAAACUAUUGUAGUGAAACCAUAUUUUAGCCUCACCACAAAACAUCUCAAAGUAUCGUUGGUACAUUUUACACAGUUUAAUAUGGUAAGUCCUCUCUUUUCUACCCUACCCUACCCUACCCUACCCUACCCUACCCUACCCUACCCUACCCUACCCUACCCUACCCUACCCUACCCUACCUUACCCUACCCUACCCUACCCUACCCAACCCUACCUACCCUAUUUUACCUUACAUCACUUUGUCUUACCCUAACUUACCUUACUUUUUUUUACUCUACUUUACCCUACUUUACCAUUCAUUUUAUUUUAAUUUCAGGUCUCUAAUCUUCAACACAUGUUCAACAUUUAUGGGAUGUAUAGUAAUCUUUCCAGUACCAUGCUUCUACGGAGUAAAUGUAGCCGGUCUGUUAAGCAAUAACUGGCUAGUGCUCUACUUCUUCGUUGGAGUCAACAGUUUUGUAGGAAAAGUAUACGCAAUAUGUUUACAGUUUGAGCAUGUUUACUAUGACACAUUACUUAUGGGUUCACGAUACAGAUAUAUAAUGGCAGCUGUCAAUGAAUACGGAGAAAUCACUUUCAGGGUUUUCAUUUUCUUAAUCAUAUUGAUUACGAUUAAUGUAAGUUUUUUUCAGAUUUACGUUUUAAAAUCAACUUUUUAAAAUAUAAUGUAAAAAUUACAGUACUCUUUAAUUUUAAAUAAAAAUAGCCAUAAACAUUGUUUUAGGUACCAAUAGUAGCAACCUUCCCAAAACAACACGUCCAAAAAAGCUUCUUGACCAACUUGGAUGACGUCUUCUACAACUUAUACAGUCAAUACAAUCUCUUAUGUUUCACAGAAGGCACCGACAGUACAAUAGUCCUCAUCUCCUUACUCUUCUUCUGCUCUUUCAUCAUUUUCUGCUUCAUCUCAGCCCUCUACUUCAUCUACAAUAAUAUCAUAAUCACGGGUAACCCAGCCACCCUCAAGCUUCAGUUCAUGUUCUUCAGAUCCCUCUCAGCUCAGAUGGGUGUCACUAUGUUAGUCAUCCUCGUACCUGGCUUCUUUUUCUGUCUCACUCCUAUAAUUAAGUUACCAUACCUUCCCUUGUACAGCAUGGCUUGUAUAUGUUUGUUUAAUUGUCAUCUGAUCGCUGAGUGCUUUAUGAUAUUGUACUGUAUAGUGCCGUUUAGGAGGUUUUGUAUCUAUUUGGUCUUAAAGAUUAAGAAAAAUGCCAAAAGGCGAGUUGCUAGCAAGAAUUGA